AUGAUCGCGAGUCUUGUGCUUCAGCUUGCUAUUGCUCAACCACCUCUUCUUUCAUUCACUGACAGUUGUUCACAGCUUCUUACCAUACCAGCCUUUGAGGUUCACUUGUGGGCACCACCUUCGCCAAAUCCAACUGCUACGGCGCCAUCAACAACAACCACUUCACCAGCUGCCAAGGUGUGCCUCAUCGGCCUUUGGUGGCAGAGCUUGAUCGCAUCCCACAUCAUGUUCUGUCGCAUGUCGAGACUGGGAGUUGCGCCCAUCCUUGGUGCCCCGUACACCCUGGAUGCUCGCUUCACCCGUUCGAUAUGGCCAAGACAUGAAGGAUCAUGGAACGGUCAUACAAUCCUCAUUGCCAAAUUUUGUUCAUGGCUUAUGAUCAGACAUAGGAGGCAUAAUCUGACUCACACUUCCGAUCAUCCUGGUCAAGUACCUCCUGGGGUCACUUCAGUCUCUCGUACUGAAGUCAGCCAACCUGGUGCAGUCACUCAAUACUGUCGCGACAAAGGCCUGAUGCUUUGGUGUCCCAGGUCGGGCGGCAAAACCGAAUCUGCACCUCCACGUGGUGCCGCCUGGUCAACGUCUCUUAAGCUUCAUAAGAUUCGGCCAACGCAGAUCGUCCCCUCCUUCCAUCAAGUGUUCGGUGUCACUGACUUGAGUCGACGUCGUUUCCAAAUACUGACUACGUGUCUCAUUCCUUCGAAGCUCCGAGACCCUGCUGGUACCCAGUCGGACACCGUUACCGCAGUGGAUGCGGCAGGUGAGGAUGCGGAGCGUCAUACGAGGCUAUUGGAUGAGCAUGCGGUGUAA